AUGGUAAAUCUCGUUGUCAGCUGUCAUAUCGUAGGGUUACUCUACUUGCUUGCCACCACUCGAGGAUCACUCAGGAACAAUAAACACUUUGACAUCAAGAGUUUACUCCGAAAAAAACGGUAUUUCGUUUAUCCCGAUCCACUUGGCAGCGAAACCAAAGUCCAGGUACUUUUUGGUCUUGGACUCCCCAUGGAAGGUGACGUAGCGGUGAUCCUGGGGUACGUUUUGAAAUGCAACUACAAUUUGCCCUAUAACAGCUCGACCCUUAGUGAUCCGUAUACUCGAUAUCAGAGAGAUAUCGUGAGGGAAAAAUUUUUAUCGAGGUGGAGCCUCUACCGAUUAUUAGCGAGUGUAAUGGAGACCAUGGGCUCGGGCAGGGGUUGUUUGCUCCGGGCAAUUUGCGAGGCUGCAGAGAGCCCUUUCGAUCACUCCAGGGGACUCCUAGGGGAACUCCUCCACGUCCUCCUGACACCAUCGAGCACUCCGGAGGGGCAUGACCUCCACGAGGACCUCGAAUUUCACAGAGCCGAGGCCAUUGGGCGGGAAAAUCCUGGGGUGUGCUCCAGGAUUUUUUCAGAAUGUCUCAGAAGUCCUCUGGAGUACUUCACGGGGUUGUGA